AACCGUCUCUCACAUUUCAUUGGACAACCGGAGCUGCGUAUCUUCGAGAUGAACAAGCGUCUGCAACAACGUCUUGAUGACUGUGAUAGCGUUUGGUGGGACUCGUUUGUCACUGAUUUCUUCGAGGAUGACGCCACUCUGACUCUGGGCUUUAUAACUGAAGAUGGUCCCAAGCCCAUUGGCAGGGCACUUAUUCCCCGUUACUUUCGCAGUAUAUUUGAAAGUGGUUGCGGCGAAUUGUACUAUAACCUUCGAUUGAACCACGAGUACUUCCAUCAUCCAAGUUUGACACUCAAUUCGGAGUCCGCAACCAUGACUAUGAAUAUGGUCCGUUCAAUUCCGGCAACCAUCGUUGUGGAAGGUCGAUUCACGUUAGAAUUCACCUUCGACGAACUAAUGCGAAUCCGUUCCUGGUAUUUCCAUAUACGCUCUCAUCGGGAAAUGAUCAUGCGAUCUAUGCUCGGAAUCCAGGAUCCAGCGUUUCUGGAACAAAUUUCUAAAAAUUCGACCUGGUACGGUAUGACUAGUGCAACCCUCAACUUCUUCCGAUUAUGUGUCAUAUUGGAACCAAUGCAAGAGUUGAUGUCCCGACAGAAAGCAUACAGCCUCACACCGCGGGAUUGUCUGAAGACGACUCUCUUCCAGAAGUGGCAACGUAUGAUGCCCCAAGAAUCCACUCGACAGCCCAGCAAACGUCGAAAACGCAAGGGCAGUGCUGCCGCAGCUGAAGGAGGAAGUAACAACAGCGGUGGAAGUAACACUGGCCGUGCGUCCAAAAGAAAGCAGUCACCAGUUCCACUUCCGUCACACCACAUGGCACAACCUGGUGAUGUCAUGAUUGUUGGCGAGCCAACAUUAAUGGGUGGUGACUUCGGGGAUGAGGAUGAGCGUCUAAUCACCCGAUUAGAAAACACCCAGUAUGAUGCAGCCGCUGUGUCCGCCAGUCCACACAUGCAUCCCAAUUUUCCAUGUCCGAAUGAUGGACCUCCGGGUUUAAUCUCAUCGCCUAUUGGCACCGGCGGUCCGGUGAAUAAUGCACCGGGACCACAUCCCCUCUCGUCCAUGCAUUUCCGAGGACCUCCAUCCGGUGGCCCCGCAACUCAUCCCGGCAUGAUGUCAAACGAAGGCGUGUUCUCAAACAGUCUUCCCCCGAUGCCUCCCCAUCCCUCUUCCGUACCAGUCUCCAUGAUGCCCGGGCAACCACCGAUUCCAUCUUCAGCUCCCGGGCGACCUAUGGUACACAAUCCGGGUAUGAUGAGCGGACAGCCAUACGCGGGCCCAAUGCCAACUAAGUCAUCUAUAUCAGGAGGCAAUACCCCAUCCUCACGAGGUAAUUUACACUUAUCUUAA